GGAGUGUAUGGUGCGUAUGGUAAUAAACAAACAAAAUAUUAAUAAUGAAAUAAACAAUGAGCACACACAGUGAUAAUAAAGUCAGGUUUUAUAGUCAGGUCCAGUCAGUUCAUCCGAACCAUCGCUGAGCGCUGUGCGCGGUCACGUGACGUGAAUGGACCGCUCUGCAUGACAACAUGUCAGGUUGCUAAGUUAGCUAGUGAGCUAGCUGCACUUAGCCGACCAAAUGAUGUGGCUCGAGGAAAAGCCCGGUUUGCCACGCGCCAGCGACAAAACAGUCAUGACUUCAGAGCGAUGAAGCGAACAUCAGACGUUCUGCAGACCAGCCCGGACCCGGACGACAGGAAAACUACGCCCCUGCCAUGGCAGCUGGUGUCAGCAUACUGAGUGACUUUCCUUACUCCAUGAGUGGAGCCCGCAGUGAAGAGAUCAGCACAGAGAUGGAGACAGCCAAUGCUAGGGUCCCGACAGCAAAGUACACCAAGAUGGGGGAGACCCUGAGGCAUGUCAUCCCGGGUCACAUGCAGUGCUCCAUGGCCUGUGGAGGGAAAGCCUGUAAAUACGAGAACCCCUCUCGCUGGAGCGAUGAGGAGCAAGCCGUCAAAGGACUCUACUCGUCCUGGAUUACUGACAACUUGCUAGCUAUGGCAAGGCCUUCCACUGAAAUCAUAGAGAGAUAUAAUAUAAUUGAACAGUUCCAAAGGUGUGGUUUGAAGACGGUCAUCAACCUACAGCGGCCAGGAGAACACGCCAGCUGUGGCAACUCGCUGGAACAGGAGAGCGGUUUCACUUAUCGACCUGAAACCUUCAUGGCGGCAGGCAUUUAUUACUACAACUUUGGGUGGAAGGAUUAUGGUGUGGCAUCUCUGACUACAAUCCUUGACAUGGUGAAAGUCAUGUCAUUUGCUAUCCAGGAGGGGAAACUGGCUGUCCACUGCCACGCCGGUCUUGGAAGAACAGGUGUGUUGUUGGCUUGUUACUUGGUUUUCACAUCCCGAAUGAGCGCUGACCAAGCCAUCCUGUUUGUACGAGCCAAGAGACCCAACUCCAUCCAAACCAGAGGCCAGCUCCUGUGCGUCAGGGAGUUUGCCCAGUUCCUGGUUCCCCUCCGAAGCAUCUUCUCCUGUGCAGAACCCAAAGCCGGCGCCGUCACCUUGUCCCAGUACCUCACCCGGCAGCGCCACCUGCUGCACGGCAACGAGGCCAGACAGAUGAAGAACGUGCCAAAGAUUGUCCAGCUGGUGUGCAGGCUUCUCAUCGACAUCGCAGCCAACAGACAGGUGGUCAUCGAGGAGGAGUGGCUGGAGAUCCCCGACCUCACUGCAGAGGUGGAGAAGACCGUUUCCCAGCAGGCUCUUCAGCAGCUCGGGAAAGAGAUGAGAGGGAAGGGUAUUCCUGUUCCGCCUUGUUCAACUCAUCCUCUCAGCUCACCCACCCUGCAGUCCAGACCUCCUCAUGAUCAACCUCUCACCAGUGAGAAUGACUUUGAGCCACUAUGGAGGCAGCAGCAUGUAGAAAGAGCUCUGAGGUCCGCUCUUACCAACAACAGGAGCCUCAGUGAUUCUUUCCUUCACAAACUUGGACAACAGCAGCACCGUUUAGAAAAUCUGAAGAGCAACGCACCGAUCAGCUGCCUGGUCAAACAUUCCAUGUCUCACAGCAGCCUUACAGACCUUAACCCUCCAAGAUUUUGUGACCUCUCUCCUCAGGACAUUAUCAGCACCAUGCAGGACCCCAAUACUGAAGCAAAGCAAGACACGAGAUGCCCCUUUUUAAAAAAGCAGCUACUCAAAGGCCAUCAGAGUUUGUCUUUAGAUCUGUCUGAGCAGGGAAGAAAAUCCCACUGUAACACCACACUGCCAGCCUUAUCAACCAAGAGCAAACCGGUAACCAGGGAGGAGCAGCCAGAUGUGGAUGUGUCAGUGGGUGAAACAGACAGAGUGGAUGUCACUGAGGUUCCUUUCGUCACUCUCCAGUCUGAGCUCUCCCCAGAGAGCAGACACUUGUUGGUGGCUAAAGCUCUGGCAAUGGACCUGACAGACAAGGAUCUCACCUCCAAGGUGUCACAGUGGCAGACGGAGCUGAACUCCAGAGAGGGAGCGUGGGAGAGGCUGUGUACGGAGAGAGAUCCGCUUGUCCUGUCCAGUCUGAUGUGGUCGUGGCUGGAGCAGCUCAAGGACCCAGUCAUCAGUGGCGAGGAUAUCAAAGCCCUCAGCGAGAAGAACGUGAACCCUCAGAACACCCUCGACUCACUGGAAAAGGGCCACAGACUCACUUUGCUGUGCAUCCUCGACUGUGCUGCUCAUCUCCUGCCGAUGCCUGAAGACGUGGAGACGAGUUUUCUCCACCAAACAAUAAAAGUCUUCACUAAGAUCGAUGCCGCCUCAGAGAAGUCUUUGUACACGACCCUGAAAGCAAUCCUGACUCGCAUUCUUCACGAGCUGUGCGACAAAGCUAAUCCAGCCUCAGCAGGACUCGUCUGACACGAGGAAGACUCACAGAAACGGGCUCCAGCUCUCAUUUUUUGGGCAUUAAUAUAAAUAUAAGCCAGUUCCUUUCAUCAGACACUGCUGAGAUCUGCCAAUCUUCAGUUUCUCGAGAUAUAUGAAGGCUUUGUCAUUUGAAAGUUCAGCAUUUCAUUUUUCUUAGAAGCUCUUAAUAAUAUCAAAGCACUGCCAUUCUCUGUUCAUGUGCCACUGUUUGAAAGCAUUUGUUCUGUCGUCUGUUCUACUGUAAUCUUUGUGAGGGACUAGAUGUUGCUUUUAAUAUCUAACUGUUAGUUGGUAGGAAAAUGACUGAGAAACGUUCUCAUGAUGUUAAAGUAAUGUUAUUUAAAUGUGUAACUCGGCUGUCAGAGCUGACAGACGUGGGGGUGUCUUAUUUAAACCAAAAGAUGUUUUUACACUGUGCAGAUGCUACACUGUGUCUUAUUUAUUCAGAUCUUCUUUGAAAUGCAGCAGCUGUUUUAAGGACUUUAACUCGCGACAAAGUGGAGCGUUGUUCUGUUCACGUAGAAUGUAGGAUGGUGUUUUCUUUAAGUCAAAUGCAAACUGUGGCUCCUGUUGUGGCAAUGCAAAUUCAGCAGGCCAGGGUGCGUUUGAUUUUUCAAUCAAUUCAAUGUCUUUAAUACUGCAUGCACCAAAAACCUCUCACCGUACUGUUCUGCAUCAAUCUGCCUCCACUGUUGCAUUCGCCUCAACUCAAACGCCCUCUAUCAGGACUCUGUACCAUGCUGCUGUGUGCGACGUCGCCUUGCCUCUGUGUGCGUGUGUGUGUGUAUGCAUGUGUGUGCAUAGCUGUUAAGACAAGUCAGUGGCCGCCUCUCACCUCAUAUAAACAAUGUACAUCUGCUGACGCGCUUGUGUGUGUGUGUGUGUGUGUGUGUGUGUGUGUGUGUGUGUGUGUGUGUGUGUGUGUGUGUGUGUGUGUGUGUAUGCGGACCACUGAUGAUAAUACUAACAUGAAGGACAGACAGGAGACGAUGUACUGUGGGGACUUUUCAACAAGAACUAUUUUUUCAUUGUUACAAUGAGCUACUUCUUACAGAAUUAAACAACUUACUGCAGA